CGCGCAUCAUUCUUCAGAAUAAAGGAUACGUCAGAAUUGUGCAGUCGAGACAACUUCUGUGUCCGUUUCAAAUGUAUUACUACUGAUUAAGUCUGAGGCCGGUAACAUCAACAGUGAGGACAAACCCAGCCUGCCUCUCUCCUUCCACACUGUGUCCAAACCUACAGUCACUGGGUCCUGAUUGUGACAGUAGAGCCCAGUUUGCACUGCAGGAUUCAGAGAUGGCAUCAGUGAAACUGGAAGACUGCAGUCAAACACUGGAGCUGAAUGUCAACAUUAAAGAUGAAGAAGAGGAGGAGAAGAUUGGGAAGUCUGUUUCUCAUGGUAUGAGGCCGGUAACAUCAACAGUGAGGACAAACCCAACCUGCCUCUCUCCUUCCGCACUGAGUCCAAACCUACAGUCACUGGGUCCUGAUAGUGACAGUGGAGCCCAGUUUUCACUGCAGGAUCCAGAGAUGGCAUCAGUGAAGCUGGAAGACUGCAGUCAAACACUGGAGCUGAACGUCAACAUUAAAGAUGAAGAGGAGGAGGAGAAGAUUGGGAAAUCUGUUUCUCAUGGACCACUAGAAUUAAGUCUGAGGCCGGUAACAUCAACAGUAACGACAAACCCAGCCCUCCUCUCUCCUUCCACACUGAGUCCAAACCCACAGUCACUGGGUCCUGAUUGUGACAGUGGAGCCCAGUUUGCUCUGCAGGAUCCAGAGAUGGCAUCAGUGAAGCUGGAAGACUGCAGUCAAGCACUGGAGCUGAAUGUCAUCAUUAAAGAUGAAGAAGAAGAGGAGGAGAAGAUUGGGACAUCUGUUUCUCAUGGAGACCAUGUUGAGACAUUCUCUACAUCCAGAGAGCAACAGCAGGAAGAUCACAGAGUGAAGAGGUCUCACCACUGCCCACAUUGUGAGAAGAUUUUCCCAUUUCUAUCAAAGCUAAAAAUACACCUAAAAAUACACACUGGAGAGAAUCGGUAUUCCUAUACUGACGGUGGGAAGAAUUUUACAACAUCCAAGGCUCUGACAGUUCAUCAAAGAGUGCACACAAGAGAGAAGACUUACUCCUGCUCUGACUGUGUAAAAUGCUUCACAACAUCAACUUGGCUAAAAGUUCAUCAGAGAACACACACAGGAGAGAAGCCCUACUCCUGCUCUGAUUGUAUAAAAUGCUUCACAACAUCAGCUAAGCUGAAAGUUCACAAGAGAACACACACAGGAGAGAAGCCUUACUUCUGCUCUGCCUGUUCGGCGAGUUUCUCUCAUAUGUGCAACUUAAAACGACAUGAACGUAUACACACAGAGAAGAUUUACUCCUGCUCUAACUGUGCGGCGAGUUUCUCUCUACUGUGCAAAUUAAAACGACAUGAAUGUAUACACACAGGAGAGAAGCCUUACUCCUGCUCGGACUGUGGAAAGAGUUUCUCUCGACUGAGCCACUUAAAAACACAUGAACAAAAACAUACAGGAGAGAAGCCUUACUCCUGCUCUGACUGUGGAAAGAGUUUCUCUCUACUGGCCCACUUAAAAAUUCACCAAUACAUACAUACGGGAGAGAAGCCUUACUCCUGCUCUGACUGUGGAAAGAGUUUCUCUCGACCGGGCCACUUAAAAACACACGAACAAAAACAUACAGGAGAGAAGCCUUUCUCCUGUUCUGACUGUGUAAAAUGCUUCACAACAUCAACUGAGCUAAAGGUUCAUCAAAGAACACACACAGGAGAGAAGCCGUACUCCUGCUCUGACUGUGUAAAAUGCUUCCCAACAUCAACUAGGUUAAAAUUUCAUCAGAGAACACACACAGGAGAGAAGCCUUUCAUCUGCUCUGACUGUGCAGCGAGUUUCUCUUUACUGUGCAACUUAAAGCGACAUGAAAGUAUACACACAGGGGAGAAGCCUUACUCCUGCUCUGACUGUGCAGCGAGUUUCUCUCUACUGUGCAACUUAAAGCGACAUGAACGUAUACACACAGGAGAGAAGCCUUAUCACUGCACUGACUGUGAGAAGAGAUUCUACAGAUUGGGCCAUUUAAAAAGACACCAAUGUGUACAUAAAGGAGAGAAGCCUCAUCAAUUCUCUCAAUCCAGCUGAGAUUGGACUUCAUUCUCAUGUCAUUAAAUAAUUGGCAAGGAUGAAUUGGAUCAAAUGAAGAAAGCGUAGAACACUCUAUUGUAAUCCUAUAGUUUCUCACUGUUAGAGAACUGUGCAGAGGAAAGGGAGAGUAAUAUAAUGUUAGCCUCUCUUUACUUUACUGAUCAGUGUGCACCUUGUCAGUUUUGGUGAGUUUUGUUAGUUUCUACUGUAAAGAUAUUGAGAUUAAUUUAUGGUUGAAUAUCCUCUGUGAGGCGUCUCACACUGGAUUCUGAAGGUUGACUGGGUGGUACUGCUUCCCUCUGCAGUUUUCUGUGGGAAUGAGCUAGUAGACACAACAUACUCUGAGUGUACCAAACAUUAACGACACCUGCUCUUUUCAUGACAUAAACUCACCAGGGGAAUGAUGAUCGCUAUGAUCGUUAAUAAUGUAGUUUUUGUGUAUUUAUUAUGGAUCCCCAUUAGCUUUCAGCAAGAAACAAGAAACUGCAGUUGCAAUGGGCUAAGGAAUGAAAACACUGGAAAGUUGGAAACCUACUGCCUGGUCUGAUGAAUCCCUGUUCCUGCUGUUUCAUGCUGAUGGGAGGACUGGGGUAUGGAGGAAACCACGAGUACAUACAUCCAGUGGUGGAAAAAGUACCUAACUGUCAGACUGCGUAAAAGUAAUGAAACCUUAAUAGAAAAUUACUCAAGUGAAUGUGAUAGUCACCCAAUAAAAUACUGCUUGAGUAAAAGUAUUUGGUUGUAAAUAUACUUAAGUAUCAAAAGUCAAAUUAUGAAUAAUUUCAAAUUCCUGAAAUUAAGCAAACCAGAUGGCACAUUUCUAUUGUUUUUUUUAUAUCACGGAUAGCCAGGUGAAGAUUCCAACACUCAGACAUCAUUUACUAACAAAGCAUUUGUGUUUAGUGAGUCUUCCAGAUCAGAGGCAGUGGGGAGGACCAGGGAUGUUCUCUUGAUAAGUGUGUGAACUGGACCAUUUUCUGUCCUGCUAUAAUCAUAAAAAAUGUAACAAGUACUUUUGGGUGUCAGGGAAAAUGUAUGGAGUAAAAAGUACAUUUUCUUUAGGAAUGUAGUGAAGUAAAAGUUGCCAAAAAUAUAAAUAGUGAAGUACAGGUGCCACCAAAAACUGCUAAAGUAGUUAUUUAAAUAAUUUUCACUUAAGAACUUUACACCACUGCCUGCUUCCAUACAUUCCAUCCACUGUAUGCAUCAGUGUCGUGUGUCAGCAUUACAGGCUGGUGGUGUGAUGGUUGGGGUGUGUUUUCAGGGCACACAUUGGGCCUCUUGAUAAAAGUUGAGCAAUGUUUGAAUGCCACAGGAUAUCUAAAUAAUUACUGCCAAUCAGGUGCCUCCCUUCAUGGCAGCAGUUUAUCCAUCUGCAAAUAGAUUUCUUCAGCAGGAUUAUGCCACAUGGCUUGUCCAGGAUUGGUUCCAAGAACAUGACAGGGAAUUCAGUUUACUGCAGUGGCCUGCCGAGUCACCAGAUCUCAAUCCAAUUGUUCAUCUCUGGGAGGAGAUGGAAAUAGCUGAUGAUGAUCAGUUUUCAGCAUUCAUUUUGGUGGAUUAUUUUAUAUUACUAUAUAACUUUUGGUUUAAUUAUAAACAGGCUAUGAAUCGACUACUUGUAUUUAUUAAAUUGUCUUUUAAUACUAGAUCCAUUAUUUUAGUCAUUGAUGAUGAAUGUGUUUGAAUAACUGUAUUGAAGUUAAUUGAUCUGUCGGCAGGUAGCCUAGCGGUUAAGAGUGUUGGGCCAGUGUUAAGAGAAUUUUGUUCUCAAUGUUCAUAAACUGAACUUCAAUUCAAAUACUCUGUCUGUUACCCAUGAUUUGUAAGGUUCUUAUUGAAACGAAACAGACAGAGGCCAGUCUACAAUAGUCAGCAAAGUUUAUUUACAAUAGCUCUGCCUAUCAUUUCAUGUACAUUGGUUUAUAUACCUCUCAUUUCAUCAUAAAUGUCCCUCCUCCUCUCAGACAAUGACAAUGCUGUUUUACAAGUCUUCUCCUAUGCAUACAAGGCUUAUCAUAUGCUACACAGUCUACUGCAAGCCCAACGGUUUCUCCCCUCCCUUUUUAUUUUAUUUUACCUUUAUUUUACUAGGCAAGUCAGUUAAGAACAAAUUCUUAUUUUCAAUGACGGCCUAGGAACAGUGGGUUAACUGCCUGUUCAGGGGCAGAACGACAGAAUUGUACCUUGUCAGCUCUGGGAUUCGAACUUGCAACCUUUCGGUUACUAGUCCAACGCUCUAACCACUAGACUACCCUGCCGCCCCCUGGGUGGGAAACAGACAUCUUUCCUGCUGUUAGUUUCACAGUGGUCACAAGUUGUCUGUUAACACUUCCUCUUUGCCUACGUACAAACAUUCUUCAUCAGACAGGGUAGAAUUCUGUUCGUUACAGUCCUAUUAUUACUUUUAAAUGUAAACAUCAUUUAGUCAUUAUACGUAAAAUUCCUAACAGCCAGUAACUGAAAGGUUGCUGGUUUGAAUCCCGAGCCGACUAGGUGAAAAAUGUCAUUGUGCCCUUGAGCAAGGCAAUUAACUCUUAUUUGUCCUGUAAGUCGCUCUUAUCCAGAGAUCUGCUAAAUGACACAAAUGUAAUGAAACAUUUGUUUUACAUGAAUUUAUGCUGGGCAACCUCCUCUUCUCUUGUGUAUAAUUAAAAGAAAUAAUCUGUUUGAAGUGAACUAUAGUUUCCAUGCAAUACAGCAUGUCAGAUCACUAAUGAUUAGAUGUACAGGCUGCUACAUUUUUGCUUGUGUCCCUUAAUUUUUCCUUGUGGUAAAAAUUAUGUGGGUAAAACAAAGUGUGAAUUUAAAGUGUGAAUCUCGGAGCGUCGUAGCACCAUCAGGUGCAGGAAAUCCACUUAUCCAGUUGCGGCCCACUUUUUGGAAGCGAACCACUCGAUUUCGUCCCUACGUUAUAUCGACAUCGAACAUGUCACCCUCCCUAUGAGAGGAGGUGACCUCGACAAUUUAUUAAAACGAGAGGCUACCUGGAUCUUUCAUUUAAAGACCGUUGCUCCCUUCGGUCUCAACGUAGACUUUGAUCUGGAAGCCAUUCUUGUGAUUGUUGUGAUGUUGCUAUUCAUUGUAAAUGUUUGUUGGCCUAUGUAGGAAAAUUGUAUCUAUGAUCGUAUGCUCUCAUUCAUGUUUUUGGUAUGUUAUUUUUAUCUGAGAAUUAACCAAUGAUAUCAGGGCACACCCGGUCAUGAUUACAGACAUCUGUGUGUCCUUUAACACUCCAUAAACUAGUGUCCCACAGUGUUUGUCAUUUCACCCUGAUGAAGUCCGCUUGUCUGUCGAAACGUUGGAUAUUAGGUU